AUGGGCCUGUCCGAUCCCGUUGUCGUUCUUCUCUGCAUCUGCAUCGCGGGGAUUGUAGUCGCUGCCGCCGGCGCCCUGCACAGAGUGGUGGCUUCCGAAGAAUUCCAAUCCCACGCUGUCCCCAUCUCCAAUGCACAAGAUCAUUACAUGAGACAAGUGCGAUCGAGGAAUUGGACUCUUGUCAAUGAUCCCGAAGCCGCUCUCCCUGACAGACGUACCGAAAUCACCUACGAGUCUUCCUCCCGAGGUUGA